AUGUUCGUGGUAGACCGUGGUUCCCGAGAUUGUGUUGGUGUAAUGCAUGCAUUGGGAUUACAUGUUGCUAUGCCUCCAUUUCUAAGAAAGCAGAAGCAGUUCACAACUAUCGAAGCCAAUAAAUCGCGUUUAAUUACCAAAAUCAGAUCGGUCGUAGAAAUGGUUAAUGCCCAGUUAAAACAAUUCAAAUUAUUUUCACAAACAUUUCAGAGCUCGUCAAUUAAAGAUCUAAAGAAUUAUCUUUCUAUAGCUUGUGCAUUAAUUAAUUGUCACAAAUCGGAAGUAUUAAAAUCAAAACCUGAGGAUAUUGAGUCAUCAAAAGAAAUGCUUGAAUUAGUAAACAAGCCAAAUCUUGUUCAACUGCUGCUUAACGAGAGUAAUUUAUUAUUCUCAAACUGGACAACUCUCAAUGCAACUGAAUUUCUUGAAUUUCUAAUUUUGGCCGAAAAUCAAACACGAAAGCUGACGUUCGGUCCAAUCGGUAGUAGAGUUGUUGGUUGUUGUUCACAUGAUGCAUCAGCUAUAUGGUUUCUUGGAUUCAAAGGAUGGCAAUCUCACCAACGAGUACAACCAUCUGGCUCACAUUUGUUACAUGCGUCUGAUAGCAUGCAAAUAACUGGUUUUGAAGACGAUGAUGAGGACAAUCAGACAAGAUAUAGACUAGCCUGA